UCUUCAAGCCUACGCGCGAAAUGGAGUCGGAGUAAACAAUAUUAUUUGGGAGUUUUCUUUGGGAUGUAGCAUUAAACCACAAUGCAGCUACGCUACAAACAAGGAAACGUGACACGUCUCCGGAAACAGAAGACAGGGAAACAUGGAUCCUCAGUUGCUUUGCAACCUACUGGUCGCAAACGCACCCUAGCCACUUCGGCGUCAACAGAGGUCCAGGAUGGGGCCCCGAUGAAGAGGGCAAAGUCCUCUGGACCAUUUAGUCGCAGAGAAGGAGGUGUUGGAACAUCUGCAAAGGAGGAGGAAGGGCUUGUUACUAGAGUUGACACAGAAGACGACAACACGCAGACUCUUAGUUCUGGUGAUCAAGAGGUUCUGAUCUCCUCUACACCGUACCCAGUCAAAGCAAAGAAAACUGCAGGAGGCCAAAAGAAGCCAUUGAACCAGGUGACAGAAAACAAUGAUCCGACCAGUCCUCCACGAACUACUAACCAUGGGACAAUAUUUUCUCCUACCUACCAAUUUUAUGGACAAGGAGCUGAAUCUGAUGAUUUGGAUCUGAUUGCAAAGACACUUGACUUCGGUGUGGAAGAGAAUAACGAAUCGGAUUACUCCUCAGCAAAAGAAAACAAAGAACCUCCCUUCAACAAUAAUUUGGCAUGCCUUGACAAUGUCAGUUGCCUAGACAACAGUAGUGGUUGCCUUGAUAACAACACAAACAAUGUUGGUUACCUUGACAAUGAUGAGCGAUUGGUUGCAGAAGAUAACAAUAACCUGGUCUAUAGGAAGGUUGAAGGCUCCGAGGGCGAGAUUGUUGUGUAUCCAGGCGAAGAGGAACACAAUACGACCGAUGAGUCGUUUGAGGAAGGAGACUGGGAGGUGGAACCAUUUGAUCCGUACCUGUUUAUAAAGAACCUGCCACCACUCACUGAAGAGCUGCGUGUACGCAUGCCUGCCUUACCUCUCAAGACCAGGAGUUCUCCCGAAUUCUCUCUUGUUCUUGACCUGGAUGAGACCCUGGUCCAUUGUAGCCUGACAGAGCUGGAGGACGCUGCAUUCACAUUUCCUGUCUUGUUUCAAGACGUCACCUAUCAGGUGUUUGUACGUACCCGGCCCCACUUUCGUGAGUUCUUGGAGAGAGUCUCCAAACUAUAUGAAGUGAUAUUGUUCACUGCCUCCAAGAAAGUUUAUGCAGACAAGCUUAUGAAUUUACUGGAUCCUGAUAAACGUUUUAUCAAACAUAGGUUGUUCAGGGAGCACUGCCUGUGUGUGAAUGGGAAUUACAUCAAAGAUCUAACAAUACUAGGGCGGGAUCUCACCAAAACCAUCAUCAUUGACAAUUCUCCUCAAGCCUUUGGUUACCAGCUCGACAAUGGAAUCCCUAUCGUGAGCUGGUUUAUGGAUAAAAGAGACAGAGAACUCAUCAACCUUGUGCCGUUUCUGGAGAGUCUCAUUGAUAAGGAUGACGUCCGACCCUAUAUACAUGAUAAUUUCAGUCUACACUCACUCAUUCCUCCAUGAAAUCACCCUUGCAAGAACACAAGAUUCAAGGGCAGACAACUCCAUUCAAAAUCACAAUCAGUCCAUGUGGCUUCUGGACCUUUUACUGAAGACAUUUUGGCCUGUUAUUUUUUUAUCAUAGAUUGUGUCACAAAUAUUGCAAAAAAGGGUUUCAAUUUUGUAUAAUACAUCUUGCAAUUUGAUUUGUUCAUUUUUAGCUUACCAGUGACCAAUUGUAAUGUUUUGUGUAGUUAAGUCAUUUAAUAAAUCAUUUUAAGGUAAAAACUGUUGAAUUUUACAUUGUUCUUAUUUGUUAUAUAACUUGAAACCUAUUCACUACCGGCCAACAAUCUUGUUGGUCAAAUUGUAACCAUUUUACUGUUUUGUUACUUAAAAUCUAACUGGUUGAAAAUUUCAUACUUUAAUACUUUGUUACCUUUGACAUGUUCGGUUGACAUUAGAAACCUUAGAGGAUUUUAUUUUUGCCAUUUUAAUAUGUUGCUUUAAUGUUCUUUUAAGUGUAAAUAGCAUAAAAGGAGUCUUACUUGAAUAUUGUUUGUUACAUUCUACACAGAAUUUGUUAGCCUAUAUAAGAACAAUUGACUAUGGAUUGUUCAGUUGACCACGUCGCCUCUGAUGAGACCACAUAUCAAUUAACGGAAAAAUGAGACCUCCAAGCAGAGAUUAGUAUACAAGACAGUAACAAAAUCUUUUAAGUUCUGAACUGGAUAUCAGGUGAACUUUAUUUAAUAGUAAUAUUGAAAUUGUAAUGAAAAUGCAUGCUCUUGGAACACUUGUUAAAUAAUGUGUUAAUUUUUGUAUGCUUGGAAAUGUUACUUCUUGGUGAUUGUAGAAUGUAGGUGCUCUCGUUAAUUGGUUAUUGAAAUUAUAUCUGUAGUAACCGCUGACAAUGUCAAGAAAUAGAGACGCUUGUUGAAGAGGGGUAUUUAGCUACGGCUGACAAAUUGUCGGUACAUCCAACCUAAGCAGAAAGCUUGUGUAAAGAUAUCUGAUGAAACCCUUCAAAGAUUUUGUUCAUAUUGACAUUAUCAAUUUGAGUCUCAGUUCACUUGUUUUUCAUACCAGAUAUGUUGAUUGGCAAUUAAAUUGAUUUGUGAAGGUCUUGAAUUAUCAACUAGAGUAUUGUUCUCGCAGACUUAUCAUCCUGUUUUUAAACAUGUUUAUAUUUUGAUUAAGUGUAUAAUUUAGAAGCUGUCGUAGUUAUAGAUGUAAAUUUUAAUUUCUUCCCUGAAGAUCCUUCUGUAAAAAAACCCCUAGUGUACCUGGAAAGUUACAGCUGCUGAUUUUUUGUUAUCAAGUGAUAAAAGAGUUGGACUGUAGUUAUACAUCAUAAUACUUUGUUCUGUUGUGGUUGCAAUUGAAAGAUGUACUAUUAGAGAAGUUUUAAACUCAAAAUAAUCAUUAAAAUUAAAACGAUUUGAGAAAUCUUCCUUUAAACAUAACUUGACAUUUUAUAAACCUUGUAUCAGUUUUUUAACGAUGUCAACAAAUAUUCAAUCAUCAAUUCAGCAGGGUGAAUUAUUCAAAUAGGGAAAUACUUUCAUAGUUGUCAUAUAUUAACAUUGAAAAAAUUGUGAAUUUUCCUCUGUCCAUGAAGUCAUUUUUCACAGUGAAGAGGACUUUGUCAACAAAAACAUUAAGGUUCCUACUUCUAUAUUGCUGGAGAGUUAAAGUCAUAACCAAAUUCAUAGCUGUACCUGUAAUAUGAUAGUGAUCUGCAGUCUCGCACUGUCGGUCACUAAAAUCAGCAUUUAAUAAGGUCUUUUCUGUGGAAGUUUACAGACAGUAAUAAUCAAAUGAGGGCAAACAUCUGAUCUUCCUGGAGACAGAAACACACCAACCAACAUCAACAAUUUUUUAUCAGCAUGACUAGGUGCUCAACACUGGUUGAUUUUAUAUGUGGAAUGUUCACAACUGCUUCUUCUGCUACUUAAUAGCACAAUUCUUGUACUGCUCAUUUUUAAAAAAAAAAAUCGACUGCAAUAUAUGCUGUUGUGUGUUCUGUUUUUGAUAGCAUUUUAAUUUCCUCUUAGGCUGUCCGUCCUUCAUACAUAGAUUCUACAGUAGUGUAGAUUUGACUGACCUUAAUCACCUUUAGAUGAUAGUUUGUAAAUAGUUAGGAAGAAUUUUUGAAACCGACAUUAUAAAUACAGGGUGUACGCUGGCCUGUACAUUGUAUUAAGGAGAAAGCUGAUUCGAUGUACAUACAGCAAUGUGUCCGAAGCCUGUAAAUUAUUAUGAGUGAAAUUGAUUUCAUGUUAUCAAAUAUUUUGUGUUAAGAGACGGUUUUCUCGAAACGAAAGCAAUUAUACUUUACACCUAUUCAGGAUACAUCAUAAAAAGAUUUGUGUACAUUUUAAAUGAGUGAAUGACUAUGUAUGAAUACUCAUAAGUGGGGUUCUUAUGCAUUUACAAUGUCUGAUCUGGCAGCUAAACCAUUUUAAGUUAAAAUGUGGCACUGAGACUUUCAGUAAUUUAAAUUAAAGUGAUCCUUGGGGUUUUCUUGUGGGCUGAAGUUGUUAACUUAUGAGUAUUCAUUGAUAUUCAUGUGUGUGGCAGGUUACCUGUUAAAUACCGUAGUUUAUUAGGUCACCAGAGACAAAGUCUAGUGACUGAUUGCAAUCGCCUAUCGCUCGUUGUCAUUUGUCAAUACAUAAUUGAAAUUGAAGAUACAUGACAUGCCCCUCCCACUGCUGAAGGUGAACUAAAAUUGUGAAUUUUAAAGUCCUCAAUCCAAGAAGACAGAGGAAAAGGGGAAAAUUGAGUGGAAUUCCAAAAAUGUUCUUCUCUAGAUCCAGUUACGCCAGAAUCAAAUACUUUUCAUGGAUGGAAGGGUUUUAAAGAUGCUUUACUGAAUUGUGGAUAUCUUAUUCCACCUCAACUGCCCCAUUAUUUUCAGUUUGACAAAAAACAUUAGGGAUGACACUUUUAAAGAUAAGCACAUUUUACAUUAUUUGCAUUACAUGUUCAGAAAACUAAAGUUAAGAACCAAUGUCAUUGACAAUAUACAAAAAUAUGUAUGUAUGUGUGCAUUAUUUUAGCACAAAUGAUAAUCUCCACAGACUUUGGGGUAAUGGCCCAUAUGUUAUCAGGACUUUAUUGAAUUUUGAUAAAAAUUUGGGCCAAAAUGUUCAGUGCAUAUAAUUUGAUAUAUCAGGCCCCAGAUGCUCAAGGUUGGUAAGCGUUCACGCAGGGCCUGCAGGGCAGGGGCCCAACAGGGAAAAUCAAUUAAUUUCUUUAAAAUCAAUCUUGAUCUUUAGGAAUUGCAGGGUAUUGUCCAGAUUUAGUCUGAAGCAUACUUGGGUGAAGGGAAAUCAGUUUAAUAUUAACAAGUGGGUCUCUGGCCCCUGGGCCAAAUGGGCAGAGUUCAUUAUAGAAAAUCUAUCAAUUUCUUUAAAAUCAAUUUUUUUUCCUUCAGGAAUUGCAGAAUAUUUUCCAGAUUCAGUCUGAAGCAUACUUGGGUGAAUGGAAAUCAGUUUUGUAUGAAGCAUAGGUUUCAGCGCCCUGGGGCCAGUAGUUUUUAGUUCAUUUUCAUAUGAUUGCUUUGGGCCAUCAACAAUUCAUUUGGAUUUUUGAAACAGUUGUGAUCCCCACCAACUGACUGAAAUUUCAAAAAUUGUAAAUUCAUGACCACAGGGUCUUGCAUUAUAUUACAUUUUCAAGCAUAAUUUUUAUAUUUUCCAUUCAUAAAGGAUCAAACUUGGUUAGAAGUUUUAGGGUGACAGUUAAAUGUUAUGCACUAUAUUGAUCCUGGCUCACCCAGAGGGGUUGUUAAAUGUUAUGUAUAAUAUUGACCCUGGCUCACCCAGAGGGGUUGAUGGGUAUAGUCAGAAGGGAUCAAAGGGACUAAAAUUUCAAAACUCAAUACCCAGAUAUUGUAAAAUCAAAUAAUUUUCAUGGAUGAACGGGUCUUAAAGUAAAACUUCUGUCCCUGUACAAAGAGCAUUUCUUAAUUUCUCUGUUUUAUACUACACAUUCUCAUUCAGGUGACUGGCCACUCGGCCUCUUGUUGUAGAACUCAGGGUGAGCGUCAAGGUCCUUAGACCUUGUUUCAUAUUCAGCUGAAUGUAUAGGUAAUUAACACAAAGGAAAAUGUCACUUGGCAAGUAUUCUUAAUUUGGGAAUGUAUGCAAUCAUGAAGACUUUUUAAAUAGAAAUGAUUGAUGAUUUUUAGUUUUGAAUGAAUAUAGAUUCAACCUGAUCAUAUAUAUAUAUAUAUUCUGUGUCUUGUACUGUUUUAAGCAUUUAUCAUCUAAGUGCUUUUAAAUAAAAAAUUUCUUCUUACA